UCGUCAGAGUGCCCUACGACUUGGCCGCGCACGCAUCCCUCCUCUAACAAGAGCAGCGAUAUCGAGUCGAUAUCGUGAGAGCGCGCGCGUCGACAACGACGAAGAGGAGACAGCGAGAACGUGAACGAGAGGUAGAGAGAGAGAGAAAGAGAGAAAGAGAGAAGAAGAAUAGUUUAAGGAAUUAAACGCUCAUUGAGCGUUAUACGAUAGCCGAAGAAGAAUAUAAACCUUCAACGAAUUGUGUUACACGCUGGAACGGAACAAGCCCUUAGCUUUCAGAAAGUUCAGGACAACGUUGUGUGAACGCUGACGUUUUAACCACACGUGAACAAUGAAGUGGUACUUCCUAGUGCUGGUCGCUCUGAUCGCUUUCACCAGGGCCGACAAUGCGAUCCAGACGACGGACUUUACAAAUUUCAACUGUCCCGAUCUCAAUUCUCAAGAGGAAAUAGAUCUCGAUAAGAUAAUGGGCAAGUGGUAUGUCGUCGAAAUUCUGGAACAUAAGAGCGAUCCGAUAAAACACACGAACGGUAAACACGUAGUUCUCGAUUCCUGUCCAACCGUUCAUCUACGCUCGCACGAAUAUUCCUCGCUGACACUUCUCUGGACGGAGGCUGUUGGAAACUUGGAAUAUACGUUUCAGAUAUCUGACAUAACCAGGAGACCUGGAUUCUGGAUGUCAUCUACUCUACAAAAUGGAACGUUGACAGAAAAGAAAUACCAACAAUUCAUUGGUUGCGUUCACGUGAUGAAAGCUGUGGCCUCGGACAUGGUGUUGACCUUCUGCUCGCGAAGCCCAGGAAGUCAACUUUAUUCCUUGCUACUCUCUCGGGAACACACGCUUGGUCAGGCAGACAGACGAGGCGUUCACAAUCUUCUUGGCCGACGUGGUCUCAAGAUUCUAGGAAUUCGUGAGACCUGCAUGAACGGUGCAGCUGGAUGGAGAAGAGCUACGAUUGACCUCGUUGCCUCUACGACCCUUUUUGCUCUUCUAUCCUCCGUGAUUCUCUCAAGAUCCACGCAGUAAAACUUUUGAUAUGACCACACGACUACUCCGCGAUUUCUCGAAGAGCCCUUUCGAAGAGUACUUCUCUCGUACUCUUUGAGUCACGUAGAUCUCGCGGAUAACUUCGCUCACUUCCUGACAAAACGCGUUUCGCAAUUUAUCAUUAUAUCGACGCUGCCCUCUCUCUCCCUCUCUCUCUCUCUCUCUCAAUUUCAAUCGAUUCACUCGAAUACCGUUAAAAUUAGUUGAAAAAUUUGUUUUUGAAACAGAUGACAAAGAAGAAAGGGACAAAGCGUUUCAAUAUCAAUGAUAUCGAUAUCGAUCGAUAAUAGUACGAACAUUGUUACUUAUCCAUGAGAGAAAUUUCAACGAUAUUUCUGUGAAUUGAUUCAAAUGAGAGACAUAUCCAAUAUAUAUAUGUAUAUAUAUAUAUAUAUAUACACACAUAUAUAUAUAUAUCGAUAUAUAUACAUAUAUACAUAUGAAUAUAUAUAUAUAUAUAUAUAGAUAUCACAUCUUUCAUUCAUCGUUUACUUCGUUUUUAAAUAGUAUCAAAGACUCGUUCAUAAGAAGAUAUUUCGCAUAAAGAUAUCGUUUUGAAGAGAGAGAGAGAAAAUAGAAAAAUAAAGAAAUUGAAAAAAAAAACUUUUAAAAAAAUUAAUAAUAAUAAUAAUAGUAAUAAUAAUAAUAAUAAUAAUAAUAAUAAUAAUAAUAAUAAUAAUAAUAAUAAUAAUAAUAAAUAGAAAAAAAUUCACGUUGAAAGGUCGGACUUCAAAACUUUGGUUUAAGUAACACGACAAUAUCGAUUUACAAAAUGAUCCAAUUCAAUUUCGAUUUUUCAAUGAGUACGACUCUUCAAUGUAGAUAUCUUACUAUCUUUGAAAUAGCAGUAAUAGGACAAAUUUUCAGAGAUGAUCCGAGUUUAUUCUACUCGUAAAUUUAACAAUCGAAAUUAUUCGAAAAAGGCUAAGAGAGGCAUAAUGGCAUGGCUUAAUGUUAAAUGCCAAUUGGGCUUUUUUACGCGACCACGCGAAUUUUAAUCAUCGAUAAAGUAAAGUUCGAGUUUAAUAAUAUUCACAUCUACAUCGCUAUGCGUCGCAAUUUUUUUCUGAUAUAAAUAUAUAAAUAAUUAAAUAACUCAAUUGUUCUAUUCUCAAAGUGUCAGCUGCUUAUCGCAUACAUAGACAUGCCAGGGUGUGUCUAUUAAGGGAGAAAAGUGAACUGUUGAUUUUUUAAGAUUCAUUGAUAGAUCAUUAAUCUUGUU